AUGAGCAAUCUCAGAGAUAAUGUUGGCACAAUCAUGUUUGAUAACAAUGAUAACAUAAUAUCAUAUAGUGGCAUAGGUAAAGAACGAAUAUCAGAUGUUAAGGAGUUUAGUGUAUUAACAAUUGAAGAGGGUGGAACGGUAGCAGUCAAUAUUUUGAAAACAGAUCUAAAGGCAUAUUUAUAUAAGAAGAAUGAAGUAGUUCUUGUAGUCUAUGUAUCUACAAUACCUGCUACUUCUUCUUCAGCUAGUAAUAUAUGA